AUGCGCAUUAUUCUGUUCCUUCUCUCUCUUCUACUGCAUGAGUUUGCCAUCCUUAACGCUUACUCACCCCCUCAGCACGAGAAGGAUGAGUCUGAAACGGUACGUGUUACGAAGCAAAACAGUCAAAUGGUCGUAGACAACGAUGACAAGCGCAAUGUGAAAGAAGAACGAGUUACACUCGACACAGAUGCCAUUGCACGAAAUAUGAUGAAAUGGUUCAAUCAUUUAGAUGAUACGCAAAAUGCCAACGAAGGAAUUUUACCCGUGUUAAAUAUGUGGCUUCUAGCGGGAUUAUCGCGCUUGGUUCAUGGGAUGAAGACCCCUGUUGACUUUGAGGUGGUGAAGAUUUUGCUGGGUGAAGGACAAAAGGGUUAUGAUGUAGCGAUUGUCCAGGGUCUUACCCCACAUUUUGUGAAAACCAUGAUUGGAAAGCACGUGCCACAGAUCAACACACCCGAUCUACCGACAUCGUCAAUUCUUGAUGCGUUUUCUGAGCGGUACCGCGCACUGAUGGGGAUUCCAGGAACUACCAAUCCGCCUGUCGUGUUAAAUGAUAUUUGGUCAUCUGUUAUGUCUCGCGUCUCGUUAUUAUAUCGAGUUGAUUUGAAAUUACAGCCCCUUUUCGCAAAAUCGCUUAUUAAAUCUGAGGCUAAUGUCCAGAAAAUGUUGUCUUGUAAUGUGCGACCAUUUCUGUAUAAGAAAGCGCUGAUAGAUUUAGACAUAUUGGAUGAGAAGAAAGCCUACACAGUGGAGGAGUGGACCAAGAUUCCUGCACUCAAACAAUUUCUCGAAUAUCUCAAAGCUGCAAAUGACGUUCCUGACAUCUCGAAAGCAACUGCGAAACGGGGAUUGGAAUUCACUGGAGUUGCUUCACGAACACCGUCGCAGUAA